CAAAAUUCUUUUUGGGUUCGAAAAUUAUGAAUGCAACACUGGCCAGCAACAUCCUUUGGCUCCCCCAAAGGCAACGGACAACCAAAAACGACAAGACGGCCGCGAACCCCUCACCGACAACUCUGGUAGCCUCUGGUACGGCGAAAUCUCUGUAGGCACACCUGCCAAUAAAUACACUGUCGACUUCGAUACUGGUAGUAGCGACCUAUUCUUGCCCUCCAGUAACUGCGGUCAGAGUUGCAACGGACACAAGACCUAUGACCCGUCAGCCUCGUCUACUUCCCAGGAUACCGGCAAUCCCUUCUCCCUCUCAUAUGGAGAUGGAUCAACAGUGUCAGGCGAAGUAUUCACCGACGCUGUGAGCGUUGCUGGGCUCGCUGCUCAGGAUCAAGCCGUCGGUGCUGCGACCGAAUACAGCAGCGGUCUCCAGUCUUCCAAUUUCCCCGCGGAUGGCCUGAUGGGAAUGGCCUUCCAGGAGAUUAGUGGCUAUAACGAGUCUCCCUUCUUUUUCACACUUAUCUCGCAAGGCCAAGUGUCCGAAUCUGUCUUUGCCAUGAAGUUGACUCCCGAAGGCUCCGAAUUAACUCUGGGUGGCGUAUCUGGAGAUCUCUACAAGGGUGAGGUCACAUAUGUCCCCGUUACUCAAAGGGGCUACUGGCAAGUCGACUUCGAUUCACUCAACGUUGGUGGAAGCGCCACCGUUUCAUCUAAGCCCUGCAUCAUCGACUCGGGAACUACUUUGGUGAUGGGAGACUCUGAAAGUGUCGCGUCUUUCUAUAGCUCUAUUCCAGGAGCUCAGCAAGCAGAUUCAUCGGUCGGGAAAGGCUUUUACACUUUCCCAUGUGAUCAAAAGCCCGAAGUUUCCUUCACUCUCGGCGGGAAAGACUUUUCGAUAACUGAUAGUUUCAAUCUCGGCCGCGUCCAAGAGGGUUCUGACCAGUGCGUCGGUGGCAUCGUUGCUAGCGAAGACACUGGUGAUAAACUUUGGAUCCUGGGAGAUACCACAUCUGAGGUUGGAACGCCAAACUCGCCCGUCACCCCCUUUUCCCUACACCUGGUCCAUUCUUCGCCGCUCCACAAUGCUCUUUCAGAUAGAAAAGAAAUAAGGACUGAAUAUCACUUUGUCGCGUUUGUAGACAACCCGGUCAGAUCCCAAUCAUAUUUACCAGCAAGUAAUUUUUGA